AUGCAUUUCAAGAACAUCGUCGCGUGUCUCACUUUAUUAUCGACUGGGUGUGCUGUGGCCCUGAAGCCGUUUGUUCACCCAGGCGCACUACACACAAAUCAAGAUAUCCAAAGAAUAAAGAAGUACGUGAAAGCCGAGGCUCAGCCAUGGUUCCGUGCAUGGCAACAUCUUGAGUCUACCACAUUGGCCCAAACGACGUGGCUUCCAAGGCCUCACGAGAUUCUUGUCCGUGGCACCAAUGCUACAUGGCAGCCCAUCCCUGCACAAAACUAUGGCGACGCAUACCGCGACGCUCAUUCAGCGUACCAACUCACGCUUCGCUGGCUCAUAGGAGGUAACACUUCUUAUGCUGACCACGCCGUUCAAAUUUUGAAUGGCUGGGGCUCGACACUCCGUGAUAUCAACGGGACCGAAGACAAAUUCCUCGCAGCAGGCCUGUACGGUUAUCAAUUUGCCAAUGCAGCUGAGCUCCUCCGUGUUUAUCCUGGGUGGGGAAAGACCGAUCAGACUAUGUUUGGCGACAUGCUGAACGAUGUAUUUGCCAAAUACAACUUUGAUUUUCUCGAGCAUCACAACUACAAAUCAAACUUUUACUAUGCGAAUUGGGAUUUGUGCAAUAUUGCUUCUCUACAGGCAAUUGGAAUUUUCAACGAUAACCAAACCAUGUACGAGUACGCUGUUCACUACUGGCAAUAUGGCCUGCCAGAUAGUAGUGUUGUCGUCAACGGUGCACUGCCGUACUUUUCCAUCGCCAACUUCACGGAGGAUACCGACAAGCAACUGAUGCAAAUCCAAGAAUCCGGCCGUGAUCAAGGCCAUGCAACCCUGUGCAUUGCUUUACUAGGAGUCAUUGGACAACAAGGGUGGAAUCAAGGCGUCGAUCUCUUCUCGACAUACCAGCACGAGAUCCUCCAUGCGGCUGAAUAUGUUGCUAAAUACAACACCAACAACACUGUUCCCUAUACCCCUUACACUAGCUGGGAGGGCCUGCUGAGUGUUGUGGCUAGUAAGGACCGCUUUAGUGUCCGACCAGGAUACGAGGCUGUUGUAUCUCACUAUACUGGCGUCAAGCAUAUGGAUGCGUCGUGGUCAAUGAAAUACAGGGAUUAUGUUAAUCAGAAUAUCAGUGCGGAUGUUGAAGGUGGUGGUGGUGAUUAUGGUCCUAACUCUGGCGGCUACGAUGCGUUCGGCCACGGUACUUUGCUGUACCGUAUUAAAUCGGAUGCAUAG